AGGCGACCAAGGACCCCAAAGCUGAUGAAGCCUUUGAAAACCUUUGCCAGCUAUGCCGGGCACAAAAUAUUGAAUUCACUCCGGAGCUGGCCAUUGUGGCCCGACCGCGGGCACCUCGCGUGCUAGUCGCGCGUAGGUCGAGCAAGGCACGUGAAAGUUCUCCUGAACAUUUGCAUUUGGACCGACGCCAGUUGGGUCGAUGUCCUGUUCUGGAAGAGGAGGGAAUGCUGCGUUUGUUGAAUUACCAGAACAAUGCGAUUGCCCGCAUUGAGCAUUUGGAUGGCUUGCCUCACUUGGCUUUUCUCGAUCUAUACGACAACAGGAUUCAAAACAUUGAGAAUUUGGAUGGGUGCAGAAAUUUGCGAGCCUUCCGGCUGAAAAUGGCCAGGCCGUACUGAUCUCGACUGAGGACGCUUUUGGCUCCGUCCGCUCUUUAAUCCUGUUGUUUUUUUGCAUACCACAUGCAGUAAAUAUUAUAUGGCUC